GGUGAAAGGAAGCAGCUUAGGAAGCAGUAGGCACCAUGCACUUGAUGAACAUCACGCUCCAGGAGGGCGGCGCCAUUACGGACGCCGUGUACGGGAACUUCUGUGGCACCAAGAGUCAGGAUAUCGUGUGCAGUGGUGGGACGUCCAUUCGCUUGCUGCAGACGCAAUCGCCGUCGGAAGCGGGGGGCGGCUUGAAGCAACUACAAACGAUCCACAGCCAGCAAGUGUUUGGCGUCAUUCGGUCCCUACUACCGUUCCGAUUGACCGGCGGGACGAAGGAUUUCCUCGUCGUGGGCACAGACUCGGGCAAGAUCACGGUGUUGGAGUUCAUGGUCGAGUUGUCGCGGUGGGAAGUGCGCCAUUCCGAAACGUAUGGCAAGACGGGCUGCCGUCGCAUCACCCCUGGACAAUAUCUCGCCUCUGACCCUAAGGGCCGUGCGAUCAUGGUUGGCGCGGUGGAGAAGCAGAAGCUCGUGUACAUCAUGAACCGAGACGCGUCGAAUCGUUUGACGAUUUCGAGUCCGCUGGAAGCGCAUCGGUCUCACGCGAUUCACUUUGACAUUGUCGGCGUGGACGUUGGGUUUGAAAACCCCAUCUUUGCCAUCCUCGAAGUCGACUACUCGGAGCACGACGAUGGAACUAUUGGCGUGGCCGACGCCGUCAAGUCGCUUGUGUACUACGAACUCGACCUCGGGCUCAACCAUGUCACGCGUCGAUGGAGCGAACCCGUGUUGCGGUCGGCCAACAAACUCAUUGCGGUGCCGGGCGGGACCGACGGCCCCGGCGGUGUUUUGGUCUGCUCGGAAGGCUGGAUCGUGUACAAGAACGAGCGUCAUCCCGAGGUGCCCUGUCGCAUCCCUCAACGCGCCCGCCCCGUCAACACCAACGUGGACGUGCGGUCGGAAGUGCUCAUCGUGGCCGCCGCGACCCACAAGCAGCGCGACCUGUUCUUUGUGAUCGUGCAGUCGGAACUGGGCGACUUGUACAAAGUGACACUCACGUACGUGAACGACCAAGUGUCGGCCGUGAAGGUCAAAUUUUUCGACACGCUGCCGCCCGCCGUGGCGCUGUGCAUCACCAAGACGGGGUACCUCUUCGCCGCCAGCGAAGCGUCCAAGCACUACUUGCUCCAGUUCCAAUCCAUCGGCGACAACGACAACACGGCCGAAGCCCAUUCAUUCCAGGAGUACGUGCCCAGCUUCACGCUGCGCCGACUCACAAACUUGGCGCUCGUCGAGAGUUUGGACAGCCUCGCGCCCAUCACACAGCUGCUGGUCGACGACCUCGCCAACGAACACACCCCUCAAAUGUAUGCUUUAUGCGGUCAAGGCAAUCGAUCGACGCUUCGAGUGCUGCGGCAUGGGCUGAGUAUCACGGAAGUGGCAUGCUCGCCGUUGCCGCAUAUCGCCAAAGCCGUCUGGUGUUUGAAAGCGCAACAUGAUGACGCCGUCCACAAGUACAUUGUCGUGUCAUUUGAAGACAACACGUUGGUGCUGGAAGUGGGCGAAAGCGUCGAGGAAGUGACGACGACGGGGCUGACAAAGGAAGUCGGGUCGCUUCUCGUGGGACUUCUCGCCGACGAUUCGAUUGUGCAGAUCCAUCGCCAAGGGUUCAACCACGUCCGGCAAUACCACGGCGUCAUGCAAUUCAAAGCCCCCGGGAAAAAGGUGAUUGAGAAAUGCUCGGCGAACGCACGACAAGUGGUGCUCAGCAUGGCCGGGGGCACGUUGAUUUACUUUGAAUUGAAUGCGGCGGGGGACUUGGCCGAAGUUGGACGGACAGAAACCCUGGGCGAAAUCAGUUCGUUGGACAUUGGGCCGGUCCCUGAAGGCCGCCAGCGGUUUCCGUUUUUGGCUGUCGGGAGCUACGACGGCAACGUGCGCAUUCUCAACCUCGACCCGAACAAUUUGUUUGCGGACCAGACGCUGCUGGCGCUGCCAGGGUCGCACCCCCAUAGUUUGUGCUUUGCGCAGCUACAACAUGAGCCCCAUGCGGACGCACUGGGGGGGCACGCGCUGUUUUUGAGUAUCGGCAUGGAAAACGGGGUGUUCCAGCAGUCCCGCAUCGAUCCGUUGACCGCCAAGGUGUUGGACACCCGCACUCGGUUCUUGGGGGUCAAACCUGUCAAGUUGGUACGCGUCCAAGUCCAAGGCAAACAGGCGAUUCUAGGCUUGAGUUCGCGGGGGUGGCUGAGCUAUUUUUACGGCGCGCGUCGGCAGUUGACGCCUCUGUCUUGCGAACCUCUGUCGUACGCGAGCGCGUUUCUGUCGGAACAGUGCAGCGAAGGCGUGGUGGCUGUGGCCCAAGACGAGCUCAAGAUCCUCACGCUGGACGCUUUGGGCCAAGUGUUUAACCAGCAAGUGGUGCCGCUGCAGUACACGCCCCGGCAGGCGAUUGUCCAUGGCGUGACCCGUCGGUUGUUGGUGUUGGAAGCAGACCACAACGCGUUGACGGCCGACGAAAACGCCAGCGUCGGGUUUGAAACCGGCACGUUCCCCCUCACAGACGACAACGACGACGACGACGACGACGAAGAAGAGAAUCACUUGUUAAGCUACCGACCACCCAUCCCCGACGGAGCAGGGCAUUGGGCGUCAUGUUUGCGAGUGAUCGACCCGUUGACAUGUGAGACGGUGCUCUGCCAUUUGUUUGACGCGAACGAACGCGCCAUGUGCAUGAGCACGUGCGUCUUCCAUGACCGCGGCGGCGAGACGUUUCUCAUUGUCGGGAGUGUCCUCCACAUGAAGCUGCACACGGGCACGAGUGUGACCCAAGAAGGGUUGUUGCGGGUGUACCGUUUGGUGGAAGGCGCGUCGCUGGUGCUCGUGCACACGACGGAACUGGACGGGAUCCCGUACGCCAUGUGCGAGUUCCAAGGCCGGCUGUUGGUGUCGGUGGGCAAAAUCCUGCGCAUUUACGACCUCGGCAAGAAGAAGAUGCUCCGAAAGUGUGAAAACCGCAACUUUCCGUCGACGAUUGUCAAGCUCACGACCGCCGGCGCCCGCAUUUACGCGUCGGACAACCACCAUUCGUUUCACUUUGUGCGAUACCGCGCCGACGACAACCAGCUCGUGAUUUUCGCCGACGACUUUGUGCCCCGGUGCAUCUCUGCGUCCACGUUGGUCGAUUACGAUACGAUGGCAGGGGGCGACAAGUUUGGCAAUGUGUUUGUCACGCGGUUGCCGUCAGAAGUGUCGGACCAGGUCGAAAACCCCAGCGGCAACCGCAUGCUCUGGGACGCACAUCUGUUGAACGGCGCGCCCAACAAAGUCGAGCAGGUGUGUCAGUUUUACGUGGGCGAAACGAUCACGUCGAUGGUGCGCACGCGGCUGGUGCCCGUGGGCAAAGAAGCCAUCGUGUACACGACCGUGAUGGGGCGCAUUGGGGCGCUCAUUCCAUUCUCGUCGCGGGUGGAUGUGGAUUUUGCCACACAUUUGGAAAUGUACAUGCGUCAAGAAGCUCCGCCGUUGUGCGGUCGAGACCACUUGAGCUACCGGUCGUACUUUAUUCCAGUCAAAGACGUGGCGGACGGAGACUUGUGCGAUCAAUUUGGCAUGUUGUCGGCGGAAAAGCAGCUGAAAAUCGCCCAAGACAUGGACCAAACCCCCAUGGAAGUGCUCAAGAAACUGGAAGACAUUCGCAACGGCUUGUUGUAACCCAUAUUAUAAAAAUGAGAAGCAAGUGGAAAGUGACUAUGCGACACGGUGUCAUGAUCAGUCGUUGAUUAGAACAGUGUCAGUUGUAAUUCAAUCACGAAAUGAAUUAUCCACGAGAGGAAAA